AUGGCAGACAUAUUCAACAUGGAUGACGACGUGGGCGAGUUGUCCGAGACCUUUAGGAGCGGGUUGUCGUUCAACCCCGACCCAGAGCUCAACUAUAGACUCAUAGACCGGCCAGAUUCUCCCCACGUCGAAGAGUCUCGAAAUACCGUGUCCGAGUUGCACUUGCCCAUUCCCAUGAAGAGAGCCGGCAGAAGAAACUCAGCGAUUGCAUCCUCAUACGAGAUCGACAUCCAGGACUCCUACGUCUCGUCCUCAUUGGUGGUCAACAACGGCAACCUCAACUACAAACCCAAGCUCUCCGAUUUCGAGCCCAUUAAGGUCUUGGGCCAGGGCUCUUAUGGAAAGGUAUUGCUUGUGAGAGAGGUUUCUACAGGCAAGUUGUUUGCCCAAAAACAGUUGAAGAAGGCCUCCUUGAUUAUCAAUGAAAACACCAACGAGGUCCAUCAGUUGAACUACCGCAGGACUUUGAACGAGAAGAACAUCUUAGAAAAAGUCAAUCACCCAAAUAUCGUGAAGUUAUACUACGCAUUUCAAGAUCACGACAAAGUCUACCUCAUCUUAGAAUACUUGGACGGAGGAGAGUUGUUUCAUCACUUGGCCCAGGAGAGAUUCAUGACCGAGAAGAACGCAAGUUACUACAUUGCUCAGAUGGUCUUGGCAUUGAGAUACCUUCAUAAGAACUUGAAGGUCAUCUACCGUGAUUUGAAGCCAGAAAACUGCAUGCUUAACUCAAACGGAAAUCUUGUAUUGACUGAUUUUGGUUUAUCGAAAGUAUCAAGUGACGAUAAAAACCAUUCGAUGACUGGAACUGCUCAAUACAUGGCGCCUGAAGUAAUUAAAGGCGAACCAUAUGAUUAUUCUGUUGAUUGGUGGUCUUUGGGCUGUGUUGCAUUCGAUUUGUUAACAGGAUCUCCCCCUUUUACAGGUAACAACAAUAAAAAAAUCACCGAGAAGAUUUUGUCGAGCAAGAAAUUCUUGAAGUUCCCAUUUUAUCUCAGUUUGGAUGCCAAAGACUUAUUGAGAAAAUUGUUGCAGGCUAACCCUGAAAAGAGAAUAAACAUCGAUGACGAUUUUGAAAAGUUGAAAAAUCACCGUUUCUUCAGAUUUGUCGAUUGGUCAGAGUUAGAAAACAUUGAGCAGAGCGAAACAUUACCACCCAUUUUACCAGUGAUUACAGACCCGGUGUUAGCAGAGAAUUUUGAUAAGGAGUUUACCGAGAUGGCUUUCACUCCUCAAUUUAAUAAUUUUGGAAAAGAUAUUUUACAUGUGAAGGGGUUUUCUUACAUUGAUGAGAACUAUUUGAGCUCCCAUAUGAAGUUUAUGAGUUAG